AUAAGGAGGGAGCCAAGUUAACUGUAUACUAAAGGAGUCAUGAGUACCUGAGAUAGUAUAUAAGAUGAGAGAUACCUGUUGAUGAGACUCAUUCGGCUUCUUAAAGUGAAAACACCAGCAUCAAGUCAAUCGUUUGGUUAUAAUCAUAUUUUAGGAGUUAUGCAAUUGUCUACUCUAGUGCUCAUUUUGGGCACCCUUUCCAUUCAGGGUUCCCUCGCAUCUUGGGAUGAAUGGGGUCAUGUUGAAUAUGCUCGACCAGUUAAAAUUAUCGUCAAACAUGUAGCCAAACAUAUUCCAAUCCCAAAACCUUAUCCAGUUAUCAAGAAAGUCCCAGUGCCCAAGGCUUAUCCAGUUUUCAAACCUCUUCCAGUGGCUAAAUUUGUCCCCAAACAUGUUAUCGUGCCCAUUGUCAAACAUGUCUAUGCCCCAUACCCAGUACUCAAACCAUUCCCAGUGGCCAAGCCAAUUCCAGUUCCAAAACCUUACCCAAUCCCAUACCCAGUUAAGGUUCCAAAGCCAUACAUUGUCCAUGUACCCAAACCAGUAGCUGUACACAAGCCAUACCCAGUUCCAGUUCCCGUCAGAGUCCCAAAACCAUACGUUGUACCAAUCAUCAAACAAGUCCCAGUUCCAGUACCUAAGCCAGUCCACAAGAUUAUCCCAGUUAUCAAGGAGAAGCCAUAUUACGUCAAGAAAAAGAUCCCAAUCCUAAUUGAGCACCACUACAAAGAAGUCCACAAACCAUUGAAACAUUGGUGGUAAGAUGGGACAACCAACACAAAGACACACCCAACAUACAAUAAAUCAAAUACCAUAAAACCAAAACCCUCUUCGAACCCCAGGAUAACAACGAACACCAAAAUUGUAGAAAUAUUUGAUAUACUUUUUGAAAUCGCAACAUCAACAUGAACCUCCCAAAAACACUCGAGAGCAAUAACUUAACACCAUCAAACCCCAUCAUUCAUCAUCAUCUCUCUUUUUUUAUCCUUCAUCACGAUGGUCGUUUCGUAACAUUGAUGUAAAAAAAGAGCAACAAAAAAUUCACUUUGGAAUUUUAAAUCAUUUUAAUCAUCACAAAAGCCACUCUCAUCAAUCUCUCUCUCUCUCUCACCUCCAUCCUUUUUUCACAUAAGCACAAUCACCUUCACAUCAACAUCUUUUUGCAUCGUCGCUUUGCUUUGCUUCGCUUGCUUGCUCGUCUUCCUCUUCUUCUUGCUCUUCAUCUUUUCUUCAUCUUUUCAUCUUCUCUUUCACUCUGUGGUCAAUCUCGCUCCACCCCCUUCCCAUCCAUCCAUCCACACACACACACACACACACUUUCCUCUUCAUCAUCAACAACAACAACAACAAACAUCUUCCUCUUCAUCCUCAUCCUCUCUCAAAACCCCCUCUCCCUCCAUCAUCUGUAUCAAUAAGAGAUGACACUCAAUGUAAAUUAGAAAAACAUAAAAUUUUUUUCAUAACAUAA